AUGGCAGAAGCAAAGCGCCCCAACUUUCUCAUGGUCGUGGCCGAUGAUCUCGGCUUCAGUGAUACGUCGCCGUACGGCUCCGAGAUCAGCACGCCAGCCCUGCAGAAGCUCUCAGACGAAGGUAUCCGCCUGACCAACUUCCACACCGCGCCGGCAUGCUCACCAACACGGUCCAUGCUGCUGUCGGGCACAGACCACCACAUCGCCGGCCUGGGCCAGCUGGCCGAGAUGAUGGAGCGCAGCAAGGACCCGAGCGUGUUUGAGGGCCGCCCGGGUUACGAGGGUUACCUCAACUUUCGUGUCGCCGCGCUGCCAGAGAUUCUACGCGAUGCGGGCUACCUCAACAUCAUGUCCGGCAAGUGGCACCUGGGCAUGAAGCAGGAGCACUCGCCCUCGGCGCGUGGGUUCGACAAGGUCUUCUCCUUCCUUGCCGGCUCUGGCAACCACUAUAACUGGGAGCCGCAGUUCGACAGCGACAAGUACAAGUUUCAGCUGCCGGGCAAGAACAAGCUGUGGAUGGACGGCGACAGGUACAUGGACCGUAAGACCGAGAUCCCCGAGAACUUCUACUCGACUUCGUACACCACGGAGCGGAUGCUCGGCUUCCUCAAGGGCCGGACCGAGGAGGAAAAGAAGCAGCCCUUCUUCGGCUACCUCUGCUACUUGGCCCCACACUGGCCUCUCCAGGCCCCGAAAGAGACGAGGGACAAGUAUCUAGGCAAGUAUGCCGAUGGGCCGAGCAAGCUCAGUGAGCGGAGGAUCAAAAAGCUCAUCGAGCUCGGCCUCGUUCCCGCUGACGUCGUCCCCGCCAAACCUGAGGGUACCCUCGAGGCCGAGUGGGACGAGCUCUCGGACGAGGAACGCGCCCUCUCGGCGCGCAAGAUGGAGACCUAUGCCGCAAUGGUGGAGCUCAUUGAUGAAGGCGUUGGUCAGGUGGUCGACUACCUUGAGUCCACUGGCGAGCUCGACAACACUUUCGUCUGCUUCAUCUCUGACAAUGGCGCUGAAGGUGUUAAUAUGGAGGCAUUGCCUGUCAUGGGUGGUGAGUCGACCAUGGCGCGCAUCAUCGAGGAGUUCUACGACAACUCGCUCGACAACAUCGGCAACCGCGACUCGUUUGUGUACUACGGCCCGCGCUGGGCCUGCGCCGCGACGGCGCCCUCGCGGGGCUUCAAGUGCAGGCCGACUGAGGGCGGCAUCCGCUGCCCCUGCAUCGUGCGGUACCCGCCCUUUGGCAACGCGCCUGCGGCCAUCAGCCACAAGUUCACGACGGUCAUGGACCUGCUCCCGACCUUCCUCGAGCUGGCGGGCGUCCCGCUGCCUGGCGCCACCUUCCACGAGCGUGAGGUCGUACCAGUGCGUGGCAAGUCGUGGAGGGCGCAUCUCGCGUCCAAGGACUACGAGAGCACCGAGGUGCACGACGAGAACUACCACGUGCACGGUUGGGAGCUGGUGAACCUGCGGGCUAUACGUAGGGGCAACUGGAAGGCCGUAUGGAUGCACCCGCCUCGAGGUACAGGCGAGUGGGAGCUGUUUGAUCUGUCCAAAGAUCCGGCCGAGAGCAAGGACCUGUCCCAGGAGCAGCCGGAGCUCAUGAAGGAGAUGUUGGAGCACUGGGAGCGAUACUAUGCCGAGACGGGAAUGUUUGAUAUCCCCUUUGAGUUUGCUCGGCUUGUCGUUCGCCGCUCUGUCGCUGCAGAGCCGCACGCUGCGCAGAGCCGAAGCCGCCACGCGGAGACAACCGCUGAGGUUCAACGCCGACGGGACUUUCCAGAUCUCCGUCUUUUCCGAUCUGCAUUUUGGAGAGAGUACGCGUCUCCCCUUCUCGGUGUCAUGCUCACUGACCCUGGCGACACAUCAUUUCAGCUCUUGCACAGUUGCAGAAGAACGGGCACUAAUAGCGCUUUGUUGGCAGAUGCAUGGGACGACUGGGGGCCGGCCCAGGACCGAGCUUCCGUCCAGGUGAUAAACAAUGUGCUCGACAAGGAAUCGCCCGGUCUCGUUGUCCUGAACGGCGAUCUCAUCACCGGCGAGAACACCUUCUUGGAGAACAGCACUACCUAUGUCGACCAGAUCGUUGGGCCCCUCGUCGCCCGCGACCUGACCUGGGCCUCGACCUACGGCAACCACGACAGGGACGUCAAUAUCACGGCCCAGGGCAUCUUCGAGCGCGAGCACAGCUACCCAAACUCGCGCACCCGCUCCAUGGUCCAGGACUCUGCCGUUGACGUCGGCGUCUCCAACUACUACCUGCCCGUGUUCGACAGCAGCUGCCGCUCCUGCCACUGCACCCCGGAGCUGCUGCUUUGGUUCUUUGACUCGCGCGGUGGCCACGCCUUCCAGCACGGCUCUACUCCCAUCCCAGACUGGGUCGACGAGCGUGUUGUCAAGUGGUUCCGCGAGACCAACGCCGAGCUGGUAGCCCGCCACAACAAGACCAUCCCCUCCCUGGCCUUCUUCCACAUCCCUGUCUACGCCUCGCUCGCCGCCCAGAAUGUCGGGAUCGACAAGAACCGCCAGCCCGGAAUCAACGACGACGUCCCCUUGGCGCCUCAGGCUCAAGGGUGGUGCCCCGACGGCACCAGCAAUUCGAACUGCAGGUACGGCGGCCAGGACGUGCCCUUCAUGCAGGCUCUCGCCGACACAGACGGUCUCCUCGCCACCUUCUCCGGUCACGACCACGGCGAUACCUGGUGCUACAAGUGGGAUGGCGGUCUUCCCGGCGUCCAGGUCAAGGGCACCGGGAAGAACUUGUGCUUUGGCCAGCACAGCGGCUAUGGUGGCUACGGAAACUGGGAGAGGGGCGCAAGGCAGGUUCUGGUAACCAAGGAUGGCCUGAGCCAUGGACUCGUCGACACGUGGAUUCGGCUUGAGAGUGGUAAUGUCGUGGGUAACGUGGUGCUGAACUCUACAUACGGGCAAGAUCUGUACCCGGCGACACCCAACACCAAGACGAAAUGCCCGGGAUGUUAA